AUGGCCUUGUGGCUGUUUCAGCGCAAGAGCGCACGCAAGCGCUCCCGAAGCGGUGAUGCCCUUUCGGAUUGCGAGGGGCCGCGGCGGAGUCAGCUGGACACGGCCGUCUCGAGAGCGUCCUCGAACAAGACGAAGCAGAAAAGCGAGCGGGCGAAGCUGCGUCGCCGCCGACGGAGGUACAGUUUCUCGCCCGGUCGGAACGACUCCAUCCGCGUCGAAACCAUCAUCCGUCUCGACCGACCUGCCGGUCCCGACUCCCAACCGCCGACACAACCUCCCGAGGACGCCCUCGUACUUGCAUGGGACCGAACGCCAACCCUGCACCACAAGAAACCUUCGCCGCCGGCGCGAAGAAAGAGCAGCAAGAGAAGGAGAGUCGACGUCGACCGAGAAGCAGAGAUCAAAGCCAUGAGUGCCCACCUCCCCCACGCCGUGCCGCCCGCCACCCUGUCGAAGCAGAGCAGCAAGCGGGCGAGGAUGACGGCCGAUUUCAGCCAGUCCCGGAACCUACCCUCCAACCUUUCCCUGCCGACGCCCGACUCGACGCACACGCGGUCGAGCAUGUCGUCCGACUCCGACUCCCUCUCCUUCAGAGUCUCCGUCUUUGACGUCCUCGCCCCCAGACCGACGCUGCGGUGCGCGAACCCGACGGCGACCGACGGCGCCCACUGGCGCUUCUCCUACCCCAACCGGUCCAACUCGCUUCGAAAGGCGCUGGCCGAACGUGACGUUCGCACCGAGGAGAUGGCCCAUUCGCGCAAACGCAUCGACGACCUCGCCGACGACCUCGGCCCCGGCGACCUGAGGGAGCUGAUGGAACGAGAUCACCGAAGGCGAGAGAGGCAGCGCGCCGUCGAUCGGCAGCUGGUCGAGAGGAAGCUCGCGCGGAGAGCCGAGUCCGCCGCCGAGUCGGCGACGCGGCCGUACGAGAACUUUGAACGAGGCGUCAUGGGCCGGGAACUCGUCGGUCUGGGCAUCGACCCUCCUUCGGCCGUCGUCACCUCGUCGAAGCAGCGACAGUCCCUCGCGUCGACCGCCGACGAUGCGGCCUCCAGCCCGCCCUUGCAAACCUUUCACCGAACCAGCAGCAUUGACCUCGAGGAAGCAGCCGCGCCCGAGGAGCCGAUCCCCAUCAUUCGCACCCAAGGCCCGGCGAAACCCGAGGAAGCGGCCUCGGCGCAGUCGCGAACCUCUUUCAUCGCUGGCCUGUUGCCUUCAAAGACGACGCAUUCCAAGUCGACGUUGGACUCGGAUAAAAUCACGUCCGACGACGGAAUCGCGCGGAAGAAUUCGACAGCGAGCAGCAGCAAGACCAACCGCCGCUCCUUCACCUCCCUUUUCCGCUGGGGGGCCAAGAGUAAGCGGAAUUCCGGUCGUUCGUCCUUUUCCAACACGUCGCGCGAGGAGGUUCAGACCGCCGCCCAGGCCCAAGCCGAGGCGUUGGCCAAACUCCAGGGCGAUGACAGGCAAAGCCACCACCUCGCCGCCAAGGCUGCCGCCGCUCCGAAGCGGACUCGUUCCCGCUUCCGCGAAGACCUCCCCGAUUUCCCGCUUUCCCCGCCCGACUCGCGCGUGCAGUCACCCGAGCCGGAACUGCGAUUGCCCAUGGUCGCCGAAGUCAAGACGAUGGAGAAGGAAUCGCCCGGGACGCUCGUUGGCCCGCACGAGGAGGUGGGGGAGGACGUGCCCUCGAAGCCUCGUGCCAUCGACGGCGCUCGCCGGACCUCUUCUCCCGGAAAGGCAGUGUUUGGUACCCCGUCGCCGAACCGGCAGCAGUCCAUGUCGCUCGCGUCCAUCGACUCGGAGGGAUCGUGGCUCUCCGGACGUGUUGGAAGCCGUAGGGCAUCCGCUUUCCGUGACAUGAUGGCCGCGAAGCCGUACGAGCUCCCUUUGAGCAGUUCGCGACCGAACAGCUCGGACGGAGAGAUGAUGAUGACGGCCGACGACGGCCACUAUCGACGCCUGAGCGGCAUGGCCGUUCUCCACCCGUCCAGCGAGUGCUACGUCAGCAGCGAUGAAGACGACUUGAUGCGCGUCGAGCCGAUGCAGGACGGAACCGUCAACUGGGGCGCCGUCGGCGCCAAGCGGCAGGUCAUUCAAUUUCACCGGCACGACAGGGGAACCAUGCGCAGCCGCCAAGGCUUUCUGAACGACGAGUCCGAUGAUGAGUGUGGUGAAGCUGCCAUGUAG